GUGCCCUAGCCGAUCGAUUAGCUGAACGGUUAAUUCAAGUUGAAGGCCUUUGGCGCGUCAUGCGAGUGCUGCUGGUAUGCUCGUGCAUGUGGCUAAACAAACGCACCUUGGCGGCCAAUUUCAUUUGAGUUUUGUUCGUUUUUCAUUCUGUUGUUUCAGGCCUGUGUACGAGUAUUUACCUUGCAUGGCCGCAGCUUUUCGACGGCACGACACCCACACUGAGCAGACGCAGUGGCAGUGGCAGUGGCAGUGGCAGUGGCAGAGGCAGGGGUACGCAGUACAGAUACUGACACAGAAGACAGUGGCCUCCUCGGAGCCACAGACUCUGAUCAGAUCUGCUCUGCCUCAUCCUACACGUUGGACGUCGUCGUCUGUGAAUCGACAGUGCCCCUGAUGACGGGAUCAAAACAGCAGAACAGUUGGAAAUCGCUAGAAAGCAAGCCAAGCGAAAAAACUCAACAAACUGUGGCGUCGUGUAAUAUUUGAGGGCACAGGGAAUUUCGAAAAAAAAUUGAUCAAUAUAUCCUUGACUUGGAACUUCAGCCAAAGCCUUUGUACGACUGUAGGCUCGACUCUAUAUUCUUGCAUAGGACUUCCUACUGACUAGAAACAAGUAAUUUUCAAAAAAAAAUUCCAAAAGAAAAUAGUUGAAAAAAAAAAAACAAAUUUCGAAACGAACUACGUAUUUUGACGGUAAUUUCGAAUCAUCGCUAUAAACCGAAAAUGGCGAUGAUACUUCAGGGCCUCCAGCGCCUGGCGGCUAUUAAGUUGGAGAAGUGGCAGAUCGGCGUUAUCUGCAGCACGCCAUUCGUGAUCGGGCUGUUGACGAUCGGAGCUAGAAAAAUACUCGCCGGGAAGACUACGCCGGCCCAGAAGCUAGCUCUGUUCAAGCAGGCCAUGAUCUACGGGGCGGCGGGCAAGAAUUGCUGUCGCAACGAGAUGUACAAGGAUGCUCUGAUGUGCUACGAAAAGGCGCUCGAGAAGUGCCCGAAGGACAUGACCAACGACAUGGCAGCGCUGCUGUAUAAGCGAGCGGAGGCAUAUGAGAAGCUGCACAAGUGGGACAAGGUUCUGGAGGACUGUACCGAGUCGUUGGCGUACUGUCCUGAAUACAUCAAGGCCUACGCGCGUCGGGCCCGCGCUCACGAGGCUCUAAACAACUUCAAGGACAGCUUAGACGACAUUACGGCUUGCUGCAUCCUGGAGCUGUUCCAGAACAAUCGCAGCAUUGAUUUUGCCGAUCGCAUACUCCAGCUGACGGCACGUGCAGACGCCGUUGAGGAACUGGCCAGCCGGGCACCGAUUGUGCCUUCGUUGAUCUGCAUCAACUCCUACAUGCGCCUGUUCAUUGCCGAUCCACUGCAGACUAUGAAAGUGCCGCCGCGCUCCUUGGUGAAGACGCCCAACGCCUUCGUGCGCGCAUACUGGGCGUUGCGCGACCGGCUCUUCGACGACAUUAUCCCAGCCUGCACGGAGGAAAUCGAGUCCCCCGAGUCCUCCGGCUACCGGCUCGAGGCCCUGCUGAUGCGCGGCACGUUCUAUCUGCUUUCCAACGCGUUCAAGGAGAGCAAGCACGACUUUGGGGCCAUCAUCGACAACCCCAACGCCGGUGCCACCCUCUGUGCGUAUGCCUAUAUGCGUCGUGCCACUGUCAAUUACUACAUGAAUGACAGGGCGGCUGCCGUAGCCGACUUUAAUGCGGCGGAGAAGAUCAAUCCCGCAAACCCUGAUGUGUACCUUCAGCGUGCUCUCAUUCUACUGCCCCUGAAUCCGGCUAAGGCGCUCAAGCAUUUCAAGAAGACGGUGGAACUGGCACCAGGGCACGCUUUGGCUGUUAUCAACAUGUACUAUGCCGACUUCCGUGCCAGCAUCAUCGCGGGUGCCCUCAGCGAUAAACGCCUUGAGGGCCUGAUGCGCAGCUUUGAGGAGGUCAUCAUGGCGUUUCCCGAUUGCGUCGAAUGCUACAAAUUGAUGGCCCAAAUGCUGGUCGCCCUUCAGGACUUUGUCAAAGCCCAGGAAUACUUCGUAAAGGCUCUGGAAUUGGAGCCCUCCAAUUCGUCCGUGAUUGUGCAGCAUGCGCGCAUGGUCCUGCAGUGGCAUGAGGACAAGGAGAUAGCUUCAGAGAUGCUCAACCAGGCAAUCGUGGCUAACCCCCACUGCCAGCAGGCGUACGAAACUCUAGGCACCAUCGAGAUGGAGCGGGCGCACCUAAAGGAAGCUGUUAAGCUGUUCGACCAGGCCAUAGCUUGCUGCAAGAGCUAUGAUGACCUAACGCAUGCCUUUGCCCUACGCGAUGCCUCCCAGGCUCAGAUCAAUAUCAACCAAAAACUGGGCAUCGAUAUCGAGGUCACGAACGAAUUGGUCCAACAGCUCCUCGACUAGGAGCUCUCGUUAUUCGUUCGCCCAAACAAUUGUCCAAUUAUUUUUGUCAUAUUUGUAACAUUACAUUUGUGCAAUUAAAAAGCCCGUUUCAUUCGCGCCAAACCAUU